CGGUAAAUUUUGUUCAAAAUAUUCUUUUUUAUUCGAUCUGAACAUAAAGUACCACCAUCUCAAGAAAGAAAUAUUUGUAUUAGACAAACUAAAGGACAAUUUAUUUGUGUUCUCGUAAGUUAAGCUAAGAAUUCUCACUAGUAUACUUUAUAUUAACAGUAGUCAAAUCUUUCCAAAAGAAGAAAUAGACGAAAUUUAGUUUCUCAAUCAUUUGUUUCCUAACUAAUUUGAAUUUUUAGGAUGAUGAUGACGUGUUCUUACAACGAUGUCUACAUAAUUUUGGUUCUGCUAUUAGACAAAAUAAAAAUAAACAAUUUUUUAUAUCAGAUUUUUUGAGAGUUAACGAACAUUUACAAUAUAUGCCAAAAGAAGAUUACUAUGGUUGGGUAUUUAAAGAUUGUAAAGAAAUGUUACAAGCCAUAUUUGAUAGUUGUCAUUUUAUUCAAGGAAAUGUAUGUUUUAGUAAAAAAUUAUUUGAAGAUGUUGGUGAAUAUGAUGAAAGUGUUGGAAUGGCUGAAGAUCUAGAUUUAUAUACUCGUUUUUUAAUUCAUGGUGAUCAUCCGGUUUAUUUACCAGUUAUAUCACAUUUACAUCGAAUGCAUACAGCUAAUUUUUCAAUUGGAUGUGAUAGAGAUAAACAUCAUAAUGAUUUACGUGGAAUCUAUGAAAGAAAUGAACAUAAAUUAAAAUCAUUAGGUGUUGAACUUACAUUAAGUAAUUAA